AUGGGUUCCUUCAUGCGAGGCCUAUUUCAUAACGACUAUUUUUUUGGCCUAGUUUUUUAUGCCAAGAUUUUUAUCUGUCAAAAACAAUAAACUAAAAUUGAUUGAAAAUCACCUUGAAAUAGCCAAUAUGAAAUCAUUUCUAAGCAAAUGGCCAAAAAUAUUUAAAGAAAAAUCUAGGCAAAAAUAAUAGCACAAAAAUAAUAAUAAUAAUUGUGAAAUAGUCGUCUUGUAAAGACACGGUCUUAAUGAACAGUAAUUUAAGGCAGCAAAAAUUUUUAGGCUGCUCAGGGACGGUUUCUAUUGGGCAAGAUUCUAAUGAUAGAAGUGUGCAGACAAUUGGGAUAUAUAAUCUGAGAUAUAAUGGAGAUGGCGUUUUGCAUGAAUAUAUUGUAGGAAGAUACGACCCAGGAAGCCAACAAUUAAUAGCAUUUUAUGAAGGUUUUAAUUGGUAUGAUAAUAUGGCGAAGGAGACCACCCAACAUCUUGACGCAAUUUCCUCAACACCUCAGGGAAUGCCCAGUGGAAGAGCCAAACAAUAAACAGCUCUGAUAUCCUUAAUAUACUCGGGCAGAGGUUUUUCUCGUGCCAAGGGCAUAAUAAGUGAAACAUGGGAUUUUUCCUUCUGGGCAUAGAAUUGGAAAGAGCGUCCCGAGAUUGGGUUCCAUUUUUACUCAAAUUAGGGACCCUGAAGACAUCAAACGCUCAGUGUGAAAUCUGGAAUUUCUCCAGGCUCCAAUUCUUUGCUAUCCUCACGAAAAAUUGGAACAGUUUUUUUUUUACAUUAAAGAGGGGGGAUUAGCGACUAGGCGCCCCGAAAGUAAGUUAGGUAUGACAGAGUCUAAGGGAGGCAAUCGGUUUCAGCCUCAGCAGUGCUGAUGAGCUUGAAGAGCAGACAUCUUUUGCCGAUUUCAAACAAUAUAGUAAUUCAAUCACUUUAAUUGAUAUGAUAAUACAACGAAUAUACCAACUGAUGUGAUUAUCAAUGAGAAUGACUGUCCAUUUGAUAAAGAUGAAGCUGAAUAUUCACCAAAUGGCACUGGUAUCUUAUAUGGGAUUUCGUUUACUCCCCCCCCCCUCGAAGUUCGACCAAGAUAUAGGGAAAAUUCCUAUUUUUUUUGAAAAUUAACCCCCCUCAAAGUUCGACCAAGACCUAUAUAAAUUUACUAGGAAAAAUAAGCAAUUUUUUCAAAAUUUUAAACUAUGUGGGGAUGAGCUUGCGAUUUUUGUAUUCAAGUUCUAAAAAAGCGUUACAAAACCAUCUUGCACUAUUUUUUCUAACCCUUACACCCUCUCAACCAUACAGAAGAAUAUGAUAAAUUUUUUUUUUUUAAAUACUAAAUUAUAUAAAAAAAAUUCUAUAUAAUUUUUUUUAAAAUAAUUUUUCUUAACCCCCCUCGAAGUUCGACCAAAAAAAUCUUGGUCGAACUUCGAGGGGGGGGGAGUUAGCAUUGUGAUAGCUACUAUGAUUGAGACUUUUUAUAUAUGGAGAAAAUGAUGGCUGAUUGAUAUAGAAAUAAUGAUUGAAAAAAAAUUAUGCUAGAGAGUUAAAAUUAUAAAUAAAAUUAUUUACAUUGGUUAUCAAGGUAAAUACAGAUUAAUAUAAUAUAAUUCAAUUCGACGAUUAUAUAGCAAUAAUUAUGAUUUUUAUUGAUUUUUUGCAGCUUUUGUCAGCUGGACCUGAUAUAUAUGAGACUUAUUUCAAUAUCUUUUCACAUUAUGCGUCAGUAGAUUUUGAUUGGAAAGGUAAUAAUAUGUGAUUUCUUGUGUAUUGCUCAAUAGUAAUUGUUUUUAUAUGAGCUAUUUUUUGUUUAAAACACAUUUUUAAGUUUGGGGAAAGCUCAAAUAACUAAUUUUAUUUAAUUAUACAAUAUUAUUAUCAUCUGCUGCUUAUUUCUUAAUGGCUCUGGCGAGCCAAAAGAAGAUUCACGUUAAAUUUCAUGAUUAUCGCGUAUAAAAUCCCUUUUUGGCCAGUCAAAGCCUUUAAGAAAUUAAUGCAAAGCAUUAUAUUAGAACCCCAAGAGAUUUAUUCUAUGGAAAGGUAAAUUCAAACCGAAAAAUGCAUAUUUAAUUUUUUUUACUUCAAAUAACAUUUUAUGUGAAUUUAGUAAAGUUUUAUUUAAAGCGUCUUUGCCAAUAGUAGGGAAUAUCCUUUUUUUGCCUAUGAUUUCAGUUUUUUUAAAUGUAACUCAGUGUGACCAACAAAUAGGGCCAGAACCGAGACAAAGCUUUGUAAGAAAUGACUGUUCGACAUUUUGUUGGCAUGGCUCUCAUAGCAUAUUGGCAAUUCUUUCUGGGCUUUGCUUAGUCUUUUAUAUCCCUCUAGCUAUUUAUUUUAAGCCUUUUUGGGGUCUUUCUAAUGAAAAUAUAAAUAUAAAAACUCUGCCACUAUUUUUGAUGCUGAAAAGUGUAUUCCAGGUGAGUGUAAUCGUUCUUAACAAAACAGUGAAAACUUUUAGCCAAUCAUUGCAUGGACUUUUAUACAAUAUUUUAUUAAUUCUCCUCUAUUUAAUUACUAAUCUUAAUUAGUAAAAAGCUAUUUUUUAAAUAAUAAAUUUCUUAAUACAUAUUUUAAAAUAAGAUAAAUAUUUAAUUAGAAAACUACGAUUUUUUAAUUCUUGGACAUAAAAAAUUAUAAUAAUUUGUUCAUUAGUUAUAGAAAAUUCGUUUAUAAAGUUAUAGAUUAUCUUAUUAUGGGAGUAAUUAUUUUUAUAUAUAUCUGCUACAAAAAAAAACCAUAUAACGACAGUCGCAUGAACCUUUGGCAAAUUAUUUCUUAUUUCGCCAUUUUAUGGAGUGUUUCUAUUUCUUCAUUAUAUUAUCUUUUACAUACAAAAUUAGCAAAUCUUUGACUACUUCCACAAGUUAUUGGCUGAAUUUUAUUAAUUGCUAUUGGGCUAUACCUACAGAGUAAAUAUAGCCCGGUCGCUACUUUGGAUCAUGCUUGAAUGAAGCAAGAGGGCAUCAGACGAGCCAGCAUUUGUUGACAGUGUUAAACUCCCCAGAUGACAAAUCCUCUUAUUAUUGGAGAUUUUGACAUCUGGGGAGUUGGCUUUGCCAGCAGCCUUGGCUCGUCUACUCCCCAUCUGGCACCUCCCAAUUUCAGUCAAUCCUAAUCCAAAACAGGGAUCGGGGUAUAUUGUCCAAGUAUGCUAUUCAAUCAGCAAGGUGUAGAAAUUGUAAAAUUUAUUAAAUUUAUGCUAGGAAGCUCGAUCCCAGCAUCUGAAAUUAAUAAAGAUAUCAAAGAAGUAGGAAUAAAAUAUAAAUCGCAUUGUAGUAAUAACUAUAUAUAUGAGAAAAUUUCAAGUUCUACUAAAUACGGUGCUCAUAAUAAGGAAUGUCAGCUUAUAUUUGAUAGCAAUUCAGGUUCCUCAAAGAUUGCACCUAUAAUUGAUACCACAAAUCGAUUUAAAGCUGCUGACUAA